AUGGGAGGAAUUUUUGAAGAAACAUGGUGCGCUUUUGGAGGUCGAACCUUCACAUGUCUUUAUAUCACCAAGGAAAAUAUGCUUUCUGCUUUGGAAGAUUGCGGUUUACGUGUAGAAGACGACCGCAAAUGUUUCUUGUACGAGAUUGAAGGCAUGUACAUGGUAUGUGCGAGAAAAAGUGCUGGAUCAGCGGUUUCGGAAUCAUCAGAUUAA